AUGCAGAACGUGUGGACUACCAACGAUUCCCUGUAUCAUGAUAACACAAGCGCUUUAAAUGAUAAUUUCCAAAAUGAUAAUGUUACUUUACCCCCAGACCCCAUCGAGGAUAAAGCGAUUCAAGCUGCUUUUUGCACAGCAUAUACAAUUAUUUUUGUAGUUGGAAUCUUCGGUAACGCUCUUGUUUGCUAUGCGGUAAUAAGGAACCGAGCGAUGCAAACUGUUACUAAUCUCUUCAUCACGAACCUUGCAUUAUCUGAUAUAUUACUAUGUGUGUUUGCAGUACCAUUUACACCGCUUUACACUUUCUUGGGACGUUGGGUAUUUGGAGGAUUGUUGUGCCAUAUCAUGCCUUAUGCGCAAGUGGCCCUCAGAUCAAAUAAGGAAAGCAUUUGGAGCUGUUACUACUAUUAUGCAAUUUUUGUUUUGCCAUUUAUUGUUAUGGCAUUUUGUUAUACUUGUGUCAGUAUAAAAUUAAAUGACCGAUUAAAAACAAGGCCGGGUAGUAAGAAUAGUAAAAAAGAAGAUGCAGAAAGAGAAAGAAAGAGAAGGACGAAUAGAAUGCUUAUUGCGAUGGUAGCAAUCUUUGGUUUAUCAUGGCUGCCGCUUAAUUUAAUAAACAUAAGUAGUGAUUUUUAUUCCUUAGCUGAGGACUGGAGAUACUACAUGGUUUUGUUUUUUAUAGCACAUUUUAUAGCAAUGUCAUCAACUUGUUAUAACCCAUUUCUUUACGCUUGGCUAAAUGAAAAUUUCAGAAAGGAAUUUAAACAAAUUUUACCUUGUUUAGGAGCAAUUGUAGGCAAAAAAUCAAAAAGAAAUUAUAAUCAAUCAGAAAGAACGGGCAUGUUUCGUUCAGAAAAGACUUGCAAUGGAAAUGAAACUAUUCAAGAAUCACUUCUAACUUCUACUGUCACCAAACCUUCAGUUAGGUAUAAAAUAGAAUUUAACGAGAAAUUAAAACCUUACGAAGAUGAUGGCGAAAAUAUAAGUCCUGAUGAGAAACCCGAAGAAAAACCAAGUCCGACUGAAGACUACGUCAAAAUGUAUAUGUUCGUUGAUAAAUCCAUUGUAACUUCUGAUAAGGAGCCAAUAGUUUCUGCUCUGUGA